UUUUUUUAUAAAAUUAAACUUAUUAUAUUUACAGAGGAAUUGAGAAUUGUCAUGGCAACACCAAAUCUUGCUCCUCAUUUACACACAGAAGAAUGUAAUAAAAUUAUUGCUGAAUACCAUCAGUGCGUAACUGACGCUGGCUUUAGAAGAUAUUUCAACAAGUGUGGUCAUUUUCAAAAACUUAUAAGGGAGUGCACCAAAAAAGAGAAAUUACAAAAGUUUCAUAACAGGAAAUACCACAUUGGACGUAUUGGUGAUUAAAUUUACACAAGAAUAAAGAUGACAGCAAUGGCAGGACAGCUCCCGCAGAAAAAAUAUUACCGCCAGAGGGCGCAUUCGAAUCCAAUGUCCGACCAUUGCUUUGAUUAUCCUGUCAGUCCAAAACAAAUGAACUGGCAUGAGUAUUAUCCCGAUUAUUUUAAACCACGGCACGAAGAUGCGAGGCAUGAUGAUGUACAGGAUGUUAUUUCUAAAGACGAUUCUGCCAAAGUAGAGUUUGCCGAUAUUGGAUGUGGGUACGGAGGGUUAUUAGUUGAUCUUUCGCCAAUGUUUCCCGAUAAACUGAUGUUAGGUAUGGAAAUACGCGUGAAAGUGUCAGAUUAUGUUAAAGAUAGAAUUGAAGCCUUGAGAAAACAGAAUCCUGGACAGUAUCAAAACAUCGCCUGCAUACGUGCUAAUGCUAUGAAAUAUUUGCCAAACUUUUUUGAAAAAGGGCAACUUACGAAGAUGUUUUUCCUCUUCCCCGAUCCGCACUUCAAGAAGACGAAACACAAGUGGCGGAUUAUUAGUGAAACACUUUUAGCUGAAUAUGCAUAUGUUCUCCGUGAAGGCGGAAUUGUGUAUACUAUUACUGAUGUGAAAGAGUUGCACGAAUGGAUGGUGGAUCAUUUUGAAAAGUUUCCGUUGUUCUCGAGAAUAGAGGAGAAUCAACUGAAAGAUGAUCCGGUAGUGGAAAAGUUGUAUGUUAGCACAGAAGAGGGUCAAAAGGUCACUCGUAACCAUGGUGAUAAAUUUCUAGCUGUGUUUCGUAGGAUUACUGAUCCAUUUAAAAGUUGAAUAUAUGACAUUUGAAAAUGAUUUGUCAUUACAUGUACAAAUUGAGAAAAAAAAUAAUUUAUGAAAUUUUGAUUUCAUUGAGGGGGCAAUUCAUGUGUAUAAAAUAAAUAUAAAUGAUUGUGUAAAAAUUUUUUGUAUUUGGCUAAAAAUGUUCCAAUAAUUAACAAGUUGAAAUUAAAUUUAUUUUUUCUUCUAA